AUAAAAACAUGUAAAAGGUUGGAACUUUGAUGUUAAUCAAGUGACUGAGAAGUUGACUCUCAAGUGAAUCCAUGUUUGGAAUUUGAGGGAAUUUUCAUAUAAUGGUGAAAGCAUCUCUCUUUCUCUCUCUAAAAGACUCAAAAGGAGUUGUUUUUAACGACAAAAGUGGGCAGACUCAGGGAACAAGGAACCUUUCAAAUUCAUUAUUCUUUUGGCUUACAUAGAUUAAAAGCCAAUGAGAGAGGCUAAGCUUGCCAAAAACAAACAUUUUUCAAUGAAGGCGACCCACGUCUGGUUUUCCUUUUCCUCUGUAAAAUCUCUCACAAAGAGAAAGAGGACUUGUUCCAUUGGCUCCAUUUGGGGUGGUGCCAUUUUUAUUAUAAUGGCAACCUUCCAUGCUUUUAUAUCUAUACACUGACUGCUUUUCCAUUCAAUCAUUUAUCUCCCCUCUCAAACAACAUUCUCAUUUUAUAAUGCCUGAAUGAACUGGCAGCAUCUUUGCUUGGAUUAUAAGUUCCUUUUUAAGCUAGCCCUCCAACUUUAUUGUCCACUUAGGAAUUAAGGGCUAAGGUAGCUUUCUCACCUUUUUUUGUUGUUGUUGCUGAGGCGGAGUUUGCCAAAAAUGGGAAGACAACCUUGUUGUGACAAGGUCGGAUUGAAACGAGGUCCAUGGACAAUUGAGGAAGAUCACAAGCUCAUGAACUUUAUUCUCAACAAUGGUAUCCAUUGCUGGCGAAUGGUUCCUAAGCUUGCAGGAUUGCUUAGAUGUGGGAAAAGCUGCAGAUUAAGAUGGAUCAAUUAUUUAAGGCCAGACCUCAAAAGAGGUGCUUUUACAGAAACAGAAGAGAAUCAAAUCAUUCAACUCCAUUCAUGUCUUGGCAACAGGUGGUCUAAGAUUGCUUCCCAUUUUCCUGGUCGCACAGAUAAUGAAAUCAAGAACCAUUGGAAUACCAGAAUCAAGAAGAGGUUAAAGCACCAUGGUGUAGACCCUUUGACCCACAAACCCAUUGAGCAUAAAGAAAACAUUGCAGAAAAGAAACAGACAAUUACUCGAGAAGAUUCAAGUUCAUCAAUAUCACAAGGACAAGAAGAGUCACAAGACAGUGGCUUGGAGGCUAAGCUACAGCAGGAUGGUAAUGGCAAUAAAGGGUUUCCAGAAUUCAAUGACAAAUUGCAAAAUGUACCAGAGUUAGCAGGUUUCGAUGAGACGAACGAUCUUUUGAAAAAUUACGAAAUGUUUUGUGGAAGCUUGGAUUUGGGAACAUUCCUGUUGAACCAAGGAACCAAUACCAACAACACCAGCACUUCAAAUUCAUAUAGCACUUCUUCAUUCUCUGUGGAAGAGUCUAACAACCCUUCAAUUUCGAUAGGCGAAUCAAUUCAAGAACACUCUCUACAGAAAUGGGUGGACAGUGUGGAUUCAAUGCUCUCAUGGGAUGGCUUCAAUAAUCUGGAACAAGACCUUUUCUUCUUUUGAAAAGUUCUAUUCAUUGAAAAUUAUUAAGUGCCUUUGAGUUAAAUCAGACGAGAUGAUGAUUUUGAUUUUGAUU